AUGGGACACAAAAAGAAAACAUCUUUAAAAGCAACGCUGCAAUCCCAGCAGACUCGGCUCAAGAACAAAGAGAAAGCAGCGCAUGCCGCUGAAGCUGCGGAUAUCAAGCUCAAGGGAAAGCGCAAAGGCAAGGGGAAAGCACUGCCUCUCCGACCUACCAUCCCGUUCAAGCCUACAGAUAAAAUACUCUUGAUCGGCGAGGGCAAUUUCUCGUUCGCGCAUGCGCUGGUAGUAGAUCCUCCUUCAUCGCUGGAACAUCUCCCACCUUCAAAUAUCACAGCUACUUCUUAUGAUUCUGAAGAGGAAUGCUAUGAUAAAUAUCCGGAUGCUAGAAGUAUGGUGGAUGUUCUCCGGAAGCGGGGCGUAGAGGUUUUCUUCGGUGUGGAUGGAACCAGACUCGAAAAAAACGGUGCUUUGAAAGCCAGGCGUUUCGAUCGCGUGGUUUGGAACUUUCCUCAUGCAGGAAAGGGUAUAACAGACCAAGACAGAAAUAUAUUAUCUAACCAGAUGCUUAUCCUGGGGUUCCUCCGUUCUGUUGUUGGCCGCCUUGCAGAAGGCCCCAUUCCGACGUCCCUGCCACGAAAACGAAACAAGCCCUCAGACGAUGACGACGAUGACGUGGUUAACGAUGCAGAUCAGGAAGAGGAUGCCCCAUCGCCCUCUACGCCGGGCGCAAGGGGAACGGUGACUCAUCACCCUGCGCAACGUCCCGCCAUACAGCAUCUGGCGAGUGCAUCUAUCAUAUCAUUGGAUGUGCCAAAACUAGCAAAGACGCCUCCAAAACCUACAUCAUUAGGGACUCCACCGAACCCCCAAUAUAAGCUUCUGCGGUCGUUUGUAUUUCAUAGGAACAUGUGGAAGGGAUAUGAACACCGCAUGACAAAGGGCGAGAGAGCUCAUGGUCGAGGUACAACAGGUGAAGGAGGGGAGGAUAGAACAUGGGAGUUUUGCCUCAAAGAUUGA